GGUGCUGAAGGUGGAGGUGGGAGCUCAACUGGUGGAGGUUCCACGGUUUCGGUAUCAUCUUCAACUUCUGUCCAGGUGGAAUCGCGCACAGUUGCCUCGACAUCGAAGACCGCCGGAUAAGAAGAAAAAAAGCUGCCUUCAGCUGCCUUCAGCUGCCUUCAGCUGCCUUCAGCCCUUCAGCUGCCUUCAGCUGCCUUCAGCUGCCUUCAGCUGCCUUCAGCCCUCGAGAAUGGCCGAGAAGAGCGAUGCCAACUGCGACGCGACGCCGGGCUCGAAGCUUGAAGACGGAAGCGGCAAUUUUACCGGGAGCUUCAAGGCCUUCUCCAAGUUCGGGGAUCCAAAGAGCGACGGUAAACUGAUCACCCUUAGCCAAAGCGACAAGUGGAUGAAGCAGGCCAAGGUGAUCGACGGCAAGAAGAUCACGACGACCGACACGGGGAUCUACUUCAAGAAGCACAAGUCGACGAAGCUCGGAAUCGACCAGUACAAGGCCUUCCUGGAGGAACUUGCCAAGAACAAGAAGGUGGACCCUGCGGAGAUGAAAACCAAGAUGGCGGAGUGUGGACCGCCCGGGUUCUCCGGUGGCGCGGGCGGAGCUGGCAAGGCUGCCUCGACCGUGGACCGACUGACGGACGUCAGCAAGUACACCGGGUCGCACAAGCAGCGCUUCGACGAGACCGGGAAGGGCAAGGGGAUCUCUGGAAGAAAGGAUUUGCCCGACCAGUCCGGAUACGUGCAGGGAUACCAGAACAAGGACUCCUACAAGGCCCACUAGCCCUCGACGAGUCUCGGUUUUCGUAAUCGGCUCCGAAUGUUUCCUCCUACACCUUGUCCCGGGUCUUGGUGUUUUCGCGGCCAACUGCAAAGGCCGCGGGAACGAAUAUAUCGCGCAAUCGGGGACCCUCGUCUCGACGAGCCACUUUUCUACAAAUCUGCCCGCGUACAGGAGCGAUCUUUCGAUAUCCAGCCUGGUAGACGUACAACUUAUUUAUAUCCGUCGUCUGCAAAUAGAGAAGUCGUAUUUAAACGAAGAGCGUUCGGAAAUCUAUAUAGUCGGACAAACACUUACCGUGUUACCGCGGACUACGUUUUAAGGGAAGGAUGUAUUUGAUCGCCGGAAAAAAGGGGCACGAGUCCUCUCGGUGGAAGUACUCUUUAUCUCCUGUCAAAUUUUAUACAGGAUUGAUCUUUUAAUUAACACGCUCGACCUACUAAUGCCGACGUCCUUCGUCGAAUCUGGAAAACGUGUGGACUCCGGGAACGGAGAGCCGAGGUUCAGGGACUGUUUGUGAUAUUUUUGCGCCUGACCCUGGAAAGAUACAAAUGUAUAAAGUUAUAGAUGGGGUAUCGAGCCCCCUCGUCAGGUGGGUUCGCACGAGGUGGACCUGGAAAUUACAAUUCAUAUAAGCGAUUCGGCUGAACGGGGGUGCGAAGACGAGACAAACGAGCUCUUCUGAAUAAAACGUUCGUUUAAUUGACGCCAUUUCGACGGGACGGGUCAAUAACAUUGCAUAUUUCUUCGAUUACAUUUGGGCGAUCCACCGAUCGCAGCAAUUUCUAGGCGUACAUUCGCCAUUCCGCUUGGGAACGCGUCGAAGACGAAGUCGGCGACCAGCGGGUGCCGAGCGGGUGCCGAGCGG